AUGGCGGUGAUCAGAUUUCUUCUAAUUGCUAUCUGCAUGGGAGCUUGGUUUGAUGGCUCCUUUCCUUCUACAGCAGCAUCUGAUGGGUUAGCGAGAGUUGGUCUAAAGAAAAGGAAUUUAGACCUUAACAGCAUAAAUGGUGCCAAGAUCACCAGGCCUCAGACUACAUCCUUUGCCAGAGUUAGUGCAGAUCAUAACAAUACCAGCUUGAAAAAUUCAGAUGCAGAAAUAGUUUACUUAAAGAAUUAUCUUGAUACCCAAUAUUAUGGAGAGAUUGGCAUCGGAUCACCCCCACAAAUUUUCACUGUUGUGUUUGAUACCGGCAGCUCCAAUCUUUGGGUUCCAUCUUCAAAAUGUCUUUUAUCAAUUACGUGCUACUUCCAUUCCAAAUUUAGGGCAAGGCUAUCCAGUACUUAUACUAAGAUCGGCAUACCGUGCAAAAUUCAAUACGGUUCUGGGUCUGUUUCUGGGUUCUUAAGCCAAGAUCAUGUCAAAGUUGGGGAUGAUACCAUUAUAGACCAAGAGUUUGCUGAGGUAACAAGAGAAGGACUUCUAGCACUCUUAGGUAUGCAGUUUGACGGCAUCCUUGGACUUGCAUUUGACGAUAUUGCUGUUGGAAAAGCUACACCAGUAUGGUAUAAUAUGGUUGAACAAGGUUAUGUAAGCAAGCAAAUUUUCUCUCUAUGGCUAAAUCGCCAUCCAUCGUCAGAGAUGGGAGGGGAGAUUGUCUUUGGAGGUCUAGAUUGGAGGCACUUCAGGGGUGAGCACACAUAUGUCCCAGUCACUGGAAGGGGUUACUGGCAGAUUCAGGUGGGAGAUAUUUUCAUUGCAAACAAUUCAACAGGAUUGUGUGCUGGUGGCUGUGCUGCCAUUGUGGACUCAGGGACAUCCUUUCUUGCUGGACCAACUAGUAUAGUGACCCAAAUUAACCAUGCCAUUGGAGCAAAAGGAAUUGUGAGUUUGGAAUGUAAAGAAGUUGUGUCCAAGUACUGGAAUUUAAUAUGGGAUUCAAUAAUAUCUGGGUUAAAGCCUGAAGUUAUAUGUGUCGAUCUUGGACUAUGUCUAUAUAAUAGCGGCACUAUUAUUGAGAGUGUCGUGGAUGGUGAAGCUGCAGAUAGAUUAUCAGUUCAUGAGGGUGGUGCUUUAUGCACUUUCUGCGAGAUGAUUGUUUUUUGGAUUCAAGUACAACUUAAAGAAAAGAAAGCUAAGGAAAGGAUAUUUCAUUAUGUUGACGAGCUGUGCGAGAGGCUCCCUAAUCCUCUAGGAAAAUCAUUUAUCAACUGCGAUGAAAUCUCAGCCAUGCCAUAUGUUUCUUUCACCAUAGGAAACAGGAGCUUUCCUCUGUCUCCGGAGCAGUAUGUUGUUAGAGUUGAAGAAAGCUACGCUACCAUUUGCUUGAGUGGGUUUGCAGCUUUAGAUAUGCCUCCACCAAAAGGUCCCCUUUGGAUUCUUGGAGAUGUGUUUUUGGGAGCAUACCACACGGUAUUUGAUUUUGGUAAUCACCGGAUAGGAUUUGCAAAAGCUGCCUAG